UUUAGGGAGCUUCAGGUUAGCAUUCUUGAAGGGGACCAUGGUGCGCCCCGUGCGAAAUAAGAAACCAGUCAAUUACUCACAGUUUGAGGACUCUGAUAGUGAUGAUGAUUUUGUUUCUGCACCUGUACCUUUAAACAAGAAAUCCAGAACAAUAUCGAAGGAGUUAAAACAAACCAAUCCAAAAGCUAGCUUGAAGAAUCUCCAGAAAGAAGAUAUUGUAUUACCAGAGAAAACUCCUAAAAAAAGGGUGGCUUUAGAUGACAAGCUCUUCCAGAGAGGCUUAGAAGUUGCUCUAGCUUUGUCGGUGAAGGAGGUUCCGACAGUCACCAAUGAUGUGCAGAAGUCUCAAGAUAAAAGCAUUGAAAAACAUGGCAAUAGUAAAACAGAAAUAAUGAAUAAGUCUCCUCGUAUCUCUAAUUGCAGUGUAGCCAGUGAUUAUUUAGGUUUGGAUAAGAUCAUGGAGGAAGAUGACGUGCGUUGCGUUCAAGGGAGAAGAAAAGCAGCGUCAAAGGCUGUGGCUCAGCAGAGGAAGAUGCUUUCCGAAGGCAGUGGUGGCGACAGUGCUGAUGACAGCGAGCCAGGCUCCUCAACUAGUGAAGAUUCUGAAGAGAAUUCUGAUUUUGGUGAAAAUGAAGAUAAUGAUAUAAACUUCACUGUGAGGAAAAGUAAAGUUACAGAAACUAAUAAGAAAGCAGUGAAGGUGAAAUUCUCAACAGAAAGAAAAGAGAAGAAAUCUAAACCCAAAUGUGAUGCUGUGGUGACUUCAGUAGACUCUGCUCCAACUGCCAUAAAAUCAGAAUCUCAGUCCUCACCCAAGAAGAUUUCUGUUUCUUCUGAGGCCACUAAGAAGCCAGUACAAAUGUGCAGCCCUUCAGCUGAAGUCAGGAGACCUAAGUGGGUUCCACCAGCUGCAUCUGGAAGCAGCAGCUACAGCAGCAGCCCACUGGCAAGAGUGUCCACCAAGUCCCCAAGUCAGAGCCUCCGCCUUGGCUUGUCCCGAUUAGCACGAGUUAAGCCGUUGCAUCCAAAUCUCACCAGCAGCCAAAUGUGGUAG